AUGUUGAGUAGAUUGGGAUUUAGUACAGGUAUACGAUCUAUAUAUAGUGUGCUGGACCAACCAUCAUUUGUUUCUGAACCAUGGGCUAUUUAUCCUGCUAAACACAAGACCAAUGGGAAAAUUGUUUCAGUUUUCAUUUUUGACAAAUCAAGAUUUGAAACUCAAGUUAGUAGGUUGCAUAGCACUUCUUCAAGUGUGAAAAACCCUAAAGUAGUGAUUAGCGAAUGUUAUGAAUUAAUAAAAUAUGAAGUUAGUCAAUUAAGUAAAUUGAAACAUCCACAGUUAUUACAAGUUUAUGAAGUAUUAGAAGAAACCAAAUCGAAAUUUUUAUUUGUUACUGAACCUGUGAUUGAUAAUUUGGUUACAGUGAAUCCGAAAGAUUUAGAUGAUUUAUCUAUUCAAAAGGGGCUUUUACAAAUUUCUAAAGGAUUACAGUUUUUACAUAGUUAUGGGUCGAUAAUCCAUUUGAAUUUACAACCAUCAUCAGUUUAUAUUAAUAACCAAGGAGAUUGGAAAUUAGGUGGGUUUAAAUUCUUGCAAAAUUUGAAUGAAAUUUCACCACAAGAGAGGGAAAACUUUUAUAUAUUGAAUAAUAUGUCAGUGGUACCAUUUGCAAAUUUUAAUUUAAAUUUCACAGCACCAGAAUUGAUUAUUGAUUCUCAUACAAAAUUGGAUUUUGCCAAUGAUAUAUGGUCAUUAGGUCAAUUAAUUUAUUAUUUAUAUAAUCAUCAAGAUUUAUUGAUAAAUUGUUUUGAUGCAAAUAGUAUUUCUGAUUAUAAACAAGAAUUUCGGAAAUUUGAACAAAAAUUCUAUAAUCAUAAACCUACUGAAUUAAAGUAUGUUUUGAAAGAUAUUCCUACCAAAUUAUAUCCUUUAUACCCGCAAAUUUUAGCAAGAUAUCCUCAUGAUAGAAUUACAUUGGAUCAGUUUAUGGAUUCGGAAUUUUUCAAUGGCAGCAUUAUCAAGGCAAUGUGGUUUAUUGACGAGUUUUCCACAAAAUCAGUAGAUGAGAAAUUGGUGUUUUUAAAAGGACUAUUAGAAGUCGACCAACAACAACCCAAUACUUUACCAUUAAUUUCACAAUUUCCUCCAUCAUUCAGAUCUCUGAAAUUGUUACCAUUAUUGAUCGAUUUAUUGACAAAUGAAUUGAAUGUGUUGACAGAAUCAGUAAUUGAUCCUAAAACCGAUGUAUUGAUUUCGGAGUCUUUAACUAUUGUUUUGAAGAUUUCUGAAACAUUGUCAAGUUUGACAUUCCAAGAUAAAGUAUUUGAUAUUCUUUUCAAAGAUAAUCCAAGGGAUAAAAAGGCACCACAAACAUUCACUAAAUUAAUCAAUUCUUCUGUGAGAACUCGCUUGACGUUGAUUAACAAUUUGGAUACUAUUCAUACAAAAUCAAAAGAUAAACAAUUUGUUCAAUUUUUCAAAAGUAUUAUUGAUUUAGUAUUAACGAUAUCUCCUAGAGAAAAUGGUCAAAUUGAAUUACAAAUCCAACUACAAGAGAAAUUUUUAGGGUUUAUACCUCAAUUUGUUGAUAAACUUGAUUUCCCAUAUAUUAAAAACACUUUAGUUCCAUUGUUGUGUCAAGUGUUCAAGACAACCACUAUUUUAUCGACAAAACUAAGUACUAUUGAUACAUUUGAAGGAUUAGUGGAUAAGAAAAUUAUUGAUAAAAUUAUUGUCAAUGAACAAUUAUUCCCAAUUAUGAAAAAUUUGAAAAGUAGAGAUAAACGAAUUGUCACGAAAAUGUUAAAUUUUUUUUUCAAAUUGGCUACAAGUGAACAUAUUAAUUUGGAUUUAGAAGCAAUUGUUGAAUCAAUAAUUCCUCAAAGUUAUUCCCUUGCGUUUGGAUGUAAUGAUUGUAAUCAAUUGGAAUUUAAUCAAUUUAUUAGUAUUAUCAAUUCUGUGCAGAAGCAAUUAGUCGAAAAGAAAUUGUCUACUUUAUUGAAAACUUCGUCUAAUGGAUUUUCUAAUGGACAUAAAGGUGGAAAGAAUGAAGCUGUUGCUAAUAACAAUUUUGAAGCAUUGUUGCAAACACAAACAAUACAUGAUGUCCCUGAUGAAAUUAAUGCUCCAAAGGGAAAAGUAAUGCAACCAAAGAGAAAAUCAGUCCUUAGCACUGCCAUCCCCACAAAAUCAAAUUCUGCCGCAUCAACAAAUACGACCCAAGUUCGUAAUUCGGAUACUCUAAGACCAAGACCAAAACCAAGACCAGUUAAGAAACCCACUGAAGGAUUAGCAUUUGGUGCUACAAAUACCCAAUCAAAUACUACCAAUAAUAGGCUAUUAAACACAUUGAAUUCUACAUUUGACAAAAAACAAGACGAUGAUGAUUUUGAUGAUUUCCAACUGGCAGCAAGUACUUCUGUAUCGGAGUUAUCGUCAUCAAGAAAUGGUACUAUAAACUGGCAAGGUGAAGUGAAUAAAAUGAAAACAUUACCAAAUACUCCAACAACUGCGGAAUCAUUCAAUGUUUCCAGAUCACAAUCGCAACCACAAACGAAGAAUACUAAUUAUCCACCUGGAUUUAAUACAAAUAUGGUGUUAUCUCCGAAAUCGUCAUCAAUUAAUACCAAUGUCAAAUCAUCAUCCUCAGCAUUCAAUGGGAAUGCCAACAACUCUGAUUUACUAGAUUUACUAUAA